AUGUCUUUUCCACUCAAACGCAAAACCUCCGUUGAUCAAGAUUCUGAGCCAGAGAAGAAACGGUCUAAAGUGUCAAACAAGGCUCAGCAAGGUUUCACACAAAGCAGCAGUUCUGCCUCUAUUCACAAUCAUGACAUUGCAGAUUCAAAGCAGCUUUCUACCACUGCGGAGUCACCAUCUUUCUUGCCUACGCCCCCAGAAAUGAAACAAGAAGAUGAUGACGGUGGACUUCAUUCCACUAACCAAGUCACAGCGUCUGAGCGUCUUGAAUCUAUCCGGAGCGUAAUACAGACGCAGAUGAGUCUUGAAAUUCUGCUCAAACAUAAGGAGCUCCGUUUGAUCGACCAAGAAAUUGCCAAGGCUCAAGUUGCUCUAGAGCAACUACGUCGCUGUACCGAAAUUCCUUAUCCUGCAACUCAACAACUCUCAGUUGGCGUGAGCAACGGUGUUGGGUCUUCACUUAGAAGCACAUUCAAAAUUCCACUCCCGGAGUCUCCAGCUCCUUGGGGUGUCGUCGAUGGCCCAUAUUCUAGGCACUACGCCAAAUGGCUUCUCCCAGAUCACCGUUUUGAUGGUGGCGAACCUGAGACUCUUCCUCAUACGUCUGCGGGGAAGUCACCGAUGAAAAGUCGAUCUAUGAGAGGCAGUUUUACUGAAAUUGCUCAACCUACCAACUCAUCUCGAUCACAACGAAGUGGCAAGCUUAAAGCUCUUCCUGCAGGAUACGGUCAACCAAAAGAGAAAGCUACUGGACCUAUGAUCGUGAAGAGAAAAUCCGACGGCGUUAUGGUGAAAUUGGUUUGCCCUGAUUGUGGUCGACAUGAUUUCGGAAGUGCCCAAGGCUUCAUUAACCAUUGCCGGAUCGGACACGGUAGGAGCUUUGCGAGUCACGAUGCUGCAGCAGAUGCGUGUGGUGAACCAGUUGAAUAUGAUGAUUCUGGAGCCAUGGUCGGCGUUGAACCAGUCCUUACACCCACUGGCGGAAACGUCCAUCCGUUGAUUCGAUCUGCAAAACUCCUUCCACCGGGACAAACACAACUUGCAAACCUUCGGGCGUCGAAUUCAUCACUUCCCACACCAAAGAAAACCUCUCCAGACUUCAAAGCAUCCGGCCUCACUCCACAUCUUUCUGAUCUGAUCAAGAAUCGAGGUCUUGGCCUUGAUCUUCAAGACAUUGUCUCUGAUGCUAAGACCAGGAUCCAAUUGCCUGAAUCUGAUUCAGAAGAUGAGGAUACGGAAGUGGAUACUCCCAUACAACCUACUGGGCAAGGUCGACACCCUCAGGUAGCCGGCUCCAAGCAACUCCAGAAGCCUGCCAAAUCGCCCAUGGCUUCGCCUCUAUUGAGCACAAGUAUGAACAGAUCGGCACCGCGUCCUCGAGCAGGUGAUUUCCAACAUUAUGAUGGCGUCAACGAGGCAUUCACACCGCAUCGACCGCGAAGCAUGGCUCUUCCAAUCACUCAUGGAACACCAACACAAUUGACUCCAUCUGACCCAUCACCAACUAGCGAAUCAAACCAAGCCCCUAGUCUAGUAGAUGAUGAUGAGGAAUACGAAGCACAUUCUCCAGCUAGCAGCGCCGCCUCUGAUGAUAUUGGAGAGGUUGAAUUUGAGGUACAAGGUGAUGAUGAUGAUGCCCGCAGUGUUCUACCUGCACCCGAAUUUCAGGCCAGUUGCGCACCAACUCGGCCGACACACGUCAGAAGACCGUCAGCAAUCCGCCGACAAGGCGAAGAACGUGAAGAGAAGCAUGUUAGCUUCCUCAGUCCCAGUCCUGCAAGGGAAUUGGGGGUGCCUCGGCAACUCGGGGAACGGAAAAAACGAAGGACCUAG